AUGGGACAACGAUACGUGAUUCGGGAGGCAAAGACAAAGCAAGAGCUGGAUGAGAUACUGGAUAUUAUCUGGGCUGCGAACUACACACCUUAUGAGCCGUUCAUGCAACUGUUCUUCCCGGUCCUUGGCUACACGAGCGCCCAUCGCGACCUCGCCGUCGCCGAAUCGAAGCAACGCUUCUGGAAACAACAUCAAGAGGAUAAUAGCAGCCACUGGUUCUACGCUUUCGACACAGUCACUAACAAUACUGUUGGUUGCUCGCAAUGGGUUAUUUCGAUCGUCAACCCAUUCGCAGCAGGCACACCCAAGUUGACCGCGCCGUGGUGGCCCGAAGGCGAAUAUCGGAGGUUCUGCGAGUCAAUACUCAAUCAGGUGUACAGGCCGCGAGCGAAUUGGAUGACGCGGCCACACUGUGCACUCAACUGGAUGGCGGUAGACCCUGCCCAUCGGAAUCGCGGUGUUGGCUCUCUACUCAUGCACGUUGGUAUUACACGCGCGGACGGGCUUGAUCUCGAAUGUUGGAUGGAAGCAUCUGCCAUGGGAAAACCGCUUUACGAGAAGUUUGGAUUUCAGUCUCUGCUGAAGAUUGCUUUCGACAAUGAGAAAUCGGAAGCCAGCGACGAGUGGAGGAAGUGCGCGCAUGAGCUGACGCCUCCGCCAAUCUUCGCCAUGUGGAGACCAAAGAAGUCGUCUGGGGUAGGCCCCCAAGGAGAUUUCCAACUGCCGUGGUCGCUGGGCACCAAACCCUGA